AUGGAUUCCGAAAACAGAAACAGACGCCAUAAUCAACGUCCCACACAUCCAGACCAGUUGGAUGCUUAUCACGCACGCUAUUGGGAGCAACGCGUUUCAAAUCGUCAGCAGCAACAGCAGCAGCAACUGCCUCAUCAACUUCGCCAGCAGCAACAACGUCAUCAGUUUCGUGACUACGAAGAUAACCACGAACUUAGUUAUCAUUAUCAACAUCAACAACUACAUCGUCGUCCUGAUUAUCGUCCCUACAGGCAAAACGAAUAUGACGACAAUCGCGGGGAAACUCUUCAGCAACUUCGUCAUCAACUUCGUCAACUUAAUGACUACCAUUCUUACCGUAACCAACAAGGGAAACGUAGAAGACAAUAUGAUUUUUAUGACAGAUGGGAGCUAAAGCGACAAAGAUAUCAGGAUGACCAAGACUGGCACCAUCAUGAUCAUCAGUACAUAUAUGAACAGCUGAAGAAUGUUGAUACGAUGAUGCUAUGCUUUGCUUGUCAUAUGAUCAUCAGCAGAAACGAUCCGCACAUUCUUUCCCGAGAUAAUUCCUUCCACGUGGAUCAUUUCAGAUGCAAUUACUGUCACGUGAGUCUAACCAAAGUCAAUUACGUCAUCAUACAAAGUAGGAAUGGGCUAAGUUCCGAUAAAACUUGCUGCGAAGAUUGCUUCGGUACGAGACAGUCGGAGCAACGAGUAAGUAAAAAACUGAAAGUUGACGAGGCUUUGAUGUCAUCAUAUGAUAACCAACAACAACAAAUGUAUGUUGGAGGUGCGAACAAUUAUGGACAUGAUGAUGACGAAAAUAAAGAUAACAUUAUCAACAACAUCAUCAACGACAGCAUCAACAAAAACAUCAACAAUAUCAAUAACAACAUCAUCAACAACAACAAUGAAGAUGACGAUAAUGAUAUGGAUGUAUCAUAUGAACAUGACAUUGACGACAAUGUUAAUGAUGAUAUUACUGAUGUGGAAUCACCAUUACAAACGACGGAGAGGGCUCUUAAAGAGUAUAUAUCGAUUUUGAAAAGAUCAUCUUCACCAUUAGAAGCCAAAGUACCAUCAGCUGCUGCAGCUGCGAAAAUGACAGCAAAACCAUCACCACCAUGGUUUUCAUCAUCUUCCUCCUCAUCAAGACCUCUGGCGUCAUUGUCGUUUCUACCACCACUGCCACCAGUGACGCCAAGUUCAGCGUUGAGAAGGGAGGCAGCCAAGAGGAGAGUUGAUAGAAGAAAGAUGCUAACGAAUGAAAAACUUGAAUAUGUCUCCUCUAAAACAUCAUCAGCUGCCCAAAACCAGCAAUCAUCAUCUCCAUUGCCGUCAUCAUCAUCAUCCUCAUUAGCAACAUCACCAAUCGAACUACUAGCAGAAUCCUUAUCAACAUCUUUAACGAUAUCUCAAGCAAACCCAUCAUCAAAUCCCUCAACAGCGCUAACUCCAGUAAAAGAAAACUCGACCAGUCUCAUCAACCUUACAAGAACCCCAACUACAAAAACGCUCUUGAAGCAGCAACAGCAGCUGGAGAAACUCUCCGAAUUGCAAAGAACGCGCGAAACAGAACUGUCGGUGCUGAUAUUUUUUAGUCACCGGAGCAGCGCUAAAUCAAAAAAGACUUUUGAAAAUUAUCAAGCUCGAAGAAGGCUAUACGAGGAACAGUUGAAAGAAUACAGGAAGCAAAAAAGACUUUACGAAGAAUACCAACAAAAGAAGGCUCAGGAAGAGCAAAGGAAGAAAGAGGAAAAGGAAAGAGAGAUGGAAAUAAUGAGACUGUCUGCUAGAGCCUUGCGAGAUUUCCUGAAGAGUGUACGCGAGAAUAGAAAGAACGAUGAUGAAACCUCCAAAUGA